CGGGUCGCGUCACCGCCAUGGUGUAUAUCAAAACAUCUUGCCCCUUCUAUCGCACGCCAGCCGCUCCCGUCGGGCUCUCGAGGUGCUUUCGAGGCGAUGGUGGGGAUUUUCUCCCGGAUUUCCGUCGGAUGGGGGCAUCGUCGAGCUCAAAGCGCGAUCGAUGUGGCGACCCCAUUGCCACCAAACAUGGAGGAAAGUAGUUGUGUUCCUACUGCUGGAAGCCAUGGAUUUGAAGAUGCAAUUGAGUUUAAGCCAGUUGAGCACCCAUCUGAGCCCCUAGUUCGUGAUCAGCCAGUUACAUGUCCACAACCAGAACGCUCAAUACUAAAUGAUGGAAGAAUAUGGAAAGAAAGAAUUACUUCGGCUACUACACGUGCAAUGGCUGAUUUGCCAGUUCUUGAGAAUGGAUCAUGCCUUCAGUCCCAAGAUGGUGGAGAAGAGUCUCUGCUGAAUCCAGCCAAAUGUCCCAUAUCAUCGUCUCUUAGUGCGCCCAAACAUAAUAUCGAUGGUCUUCUAGGAGAAUGCAUUGCACCUGAAGACCAGUCUCUUAACUAGGCAUAUCUUAUCAACCCCUCAUGGCUUGUUUGGAUUUCAAAUAGAGGGCAACUUGAUCUCUGAGUUUCGUUGUGCAUCGAGUAAUCCAUCGUCGAGCUAUGAACUUAUUUGUUAAGAGUAGUUGCUCAGCUAUACUUCCAAGUGUUUGAUAUUGAAGUUGACCCUCUUUCAAACUGUGAAGCACGCACAGAAGACACAUUCAGCUGCUUGCUUACUGUGAUUCUGUAACAGUAGCUGUUCAGCUAGACUGAGUGAGAAGGGUAAUCUAUAUCCAGUGUAAAAACAUUGUUCUUAGUCUGCUGAAGUCUGCAAGUUAUGACAUAUCUGAGUAGUAUUCAAAUAA